CUCAAAUAACAUUUUGCGCGCGGAUUCUUCUGUGGCCUGUGCAAAGAUGCUGUGUUCUUGCUAUGUUACACAUCGUAAUAAAAAUGAACUUUUUUAAUCACAUUUGACAACAUAUUUUCAAUUAAUCGUCAGGUUGAAGCAUAAAUUCAAUAUGCCUGAAGUUAUUUUGAACGAUAUACCCGUCAAUUUUCCUUUUGAACCCUAUGAGGUUCAAAAGGAUUACAUGCGUAAGGUGCUUGAGUGCUUGCAAAAGGGGGUGAAUGGUGUACUAGAAAGUCCAACUGGCACAGGUAAAACGCUCAGUCUUUUAUGCUCAUCACUGGCAUGGCUAGAAAUCAAGAAGGCCCAAAUCCAGGCCACUCUCCGUAUGUCUGGCAAUCAAGGACCAAACAGUAUGAUGCAAGCACUCAAUCAAGCUUCUGGUGUAACACAGGCCGAGAGCCAGUCAUGGGGCAGCAUUGUGUGCAUGCCGAAGAUCAUCUACGCGUCUCGCACGCACUCGCAGCUGGCUCAAGCCGUCAGUGAGCUGAAGCGCACUCACUACAACCACGUGAAGGUGGCUGUGAUGGGGUCACGUGACCAACUCUGUCUGCAUCCCGAUGUCUCCAAGGAGACCAACCCCGGCCUCAAGAUCAGCAUGUGUCGCACCAAGGUAUCAACGAAAACAUGCCACUUCUACAAUAACGUGGAAAAGACCAAAAGUGACACAUCGUUUUCGGCCAUAAUGGACAUUGAGGAUCUGGUGUCGAAAGGCAGGAAAGCGCUCUGCUGUCCCUACUACUUGUCCAGGGAGAUGCACAAGAAUGCUGACAUUGUUUUUGUGCCCUACAACUACCUACUCGAUGCUAGGAUUCGUGACUUGCAGGAUAUUCAGCUUGCGAACAACAUAAUAAUCCUGGACGAAGCACACAACGUGGAGAAAGUGUGCGAAGAGUCGGCCUCGUUCACGCUUUCCAGCACCGACAUAGCAGUCUGCAUCACAGAGGUGACCCACGUCAUGAAGGACUUCCACGAGCAGAUGGAGUCCCGAACAUUCGGCUUCGACGACCAGUCAGUCGCCAAGGACUUCAGUGCCGAGGACCUCUGUCUGCUCAAGACCCUGUUCACAGAACUCGAAGACGUGAUUGACGCGGUGGACAUCCAGACGGAACGCGUCGACGACAACUCGGGUGCCGCAUUCCCGGGCUCCUACAUCCUCGACAUCCUCGCCAGGGUGGAGAUCACGCCCGAGAGACUGUUUCCCGUGAUCGAGACCAUCUACAAUGUAUCCCAGUACCUGUCGGUGACCUCCGAGUCGUCCUACCAGCAUCGCGGCGCCGGCUUGCAGAAGUUUCACGAUUUCCUGAAAGUAGUGGCGAGGAGUGUGGGGGGGCCUCUAGGCGAUCGCAGCCUUGUUGACAAGUAUUAUAAACUGUAUGUGGAGCCUGAAGUGAUGAAAAAGGGACGUUACGACCCAUGGCAAUCUAAGAUAACGUCUAGUAAGAACAACCCCAAAUUGUUGAACUUCUGGUGCUUCAGUGCUGGGUUUGGAAUGAGGUCGUUAAUUGAACUCGGUGUAAGGUCGAUAAUUCUGACAAGUGGAACUUUAUCACCACUUGAGGCGACCAUAUAUGAGCUUGGCAUUCCGAUUGAAGUGAAGCUUGAGAAUCCGCACAUUGUGAAGGGAAACCAGGUGUGUGUGUCAGUGCUCAAGGUGGGACCCAACGGCAAGGAGCUCAAGUCAACUUACGAGAACAGGAGCAGCGGAACCUACUUGAGCGAGCUUGCAUCCACAUUGCAAAACUUUUCACGAGUAGUACCUCACGGCUUACUCGUUUUCUUUCCGUCCUAUUCCACCAUGGAGAAAACAGUUAGCUACUGGCAAGAGAACGGACUUUGGUCGAAAAUACAAAAUAGCAAGCCAAUCUUCGUGGAGCCGCAUCAGAAAGACGCUCUGAGCGAGGUGAUGAAGCAGUAUUACGAGGCGGUGGACAGCGAGCAAUCAACUAAGGGUGCCAUUUUGUUAGCCGUGUGCAGGGGCAAAGUGUCCGAGGGCCUCGACUUCGCCAACCAAAGGGGUAGGGCUGUCGUCAUCACGGGCUUGCCCUUUCCACCCUUCAAGGACCCCAAGGUCAUGCUCAAGAGACAAUACAUCGACCAGAACAGGAGCACCGAGAAGAGUCUGUCAUCUCACUCGGGCGCGGAAUGGUACCGACUGGAGGCGACCCGCGCCGUGAACCAAGCGGUGGGUCGCGUAAUCCGGCACGCGUCAGACUACGGCGCCAUCCUGCUGUGUGACAAUAGGUUCGCAUUCCACACCAACACAAGGGCGCUGUCAAAGUGGCUGCAGCCGCAUGUCAACGUUUGCGAUAAGUUCGGACCUGCCUUCUCGCUGCUAGUCAAGUUUUUCAGGGCCAUUGGACCACCGAGAACAAUCCGUAGUGAUCAAUCAGCAACGGGAGCCAGCUUCAUCUACAACGGCGAACUGAAAGAAAGAGAAGAAUCAGCGGAAGAGGUGUCCAAGAAAGAAGAACAAAGGAAGAAGAAAAUCCAGCAGAUAGUCGAGGAGAAGAAAGCAAUGAUGCGCAAAGUGUUAGCCAACACCAUGCAGGCUGACAAACCUGACAAACCGCAGCCGAAAAACCUGUUGGCAGCGCUGGAUUGUGCCGAGGAGGAGAUUCUGACUAACGUCGUCGAUAGUUCCAGCGCUAAGAGAACGGCCGACACUUCGUUCAGUCAGAACAGUGAGGAUGUCCAAGAUGCCGGCAUAAGUAGUAGUGGACGUGGGCAGCUGGAAAACUCGACGAAAAAGCGGAGGAUAAGGAUUGUGAGGGGGAAUGAAACUUCGUCACCUACUCCUUCUAUCACUUCUUCUUCUUCUUCGGUGUCUUCUUCUGCUGCUACAGCUGGUAGUAGCGAGGGAGGGCGAACCGCCAAUGAUCUGGUGUCUCAAUUCACUUUCGAAAGUGCCAGAGCUAUCGUUGAAAAGUAUGCACUGUCUAUUGCGAGUAUAGGCAAGCAAGAUAUAAAGGAGGUUGUACAUGCGUAUUGGUGGCUGGUGAAGCAGACGUCAAGUGAGGAAAAAUUCAAGGCUUUCAAACUGGUCGUUACUAAUUACAGAUGGAACAGAAAAGUGAAGGAUGUUAUUGAAAGUCUGAGGACCCUUUUCCCUCCUCAUAGUCCAGACACACUACUUCUGCUCAAAGGGUUCUCCAUCAUGCUUCUUCCCGCAGAUAAGAUUGAAUUAAAAAAUUUCUGUGAUGCCAACAACAUAAAAUGAAACUACCUGUACUGAAUUUGUGAUAACGUUAACUAUAAGUAAUAUUUCGAACUAUUACCAUGUAAAAAUUAUGUUCAUAAAUCAAUUUAUAUUUUAUUAAACUCUUAUAAAAUGA